AUGGGUGCCUAUAAGUACAUGCAAGAAAUAUGGCGCAAAAAGCAGUCCGACGUAAUGCGCUACAUUCUUCGUAUUCGUACCUGGCAAUACAGGCAGCUCUCGGCAGUCCACCGAGUUAGCCGUCCCACUCGACCGGAGAAAGCUCGUCGUAUGGGAUACAGAGCUAAGCAGGGAUACGUUAUCUACCGUGUCCGUGUUCGCCGCGGUAACCGUAAGCGUCCAGUCACCAAGGGACAGACCUACGGAAAACCAAAAACCCACGGAGUGAACGAAAUCAAAUUUGCCCGUUCCAAGCAGGCAAUCGCUGAGGAUCGUGCUGGUCGUCGGCUCGGCGCCCUACGAGUAUUGAAUUCAUACUGGGUAGGAGAAGAUUCCACAUACAAGUUCUACGAGGUGAUUAUGGUCGAUCCCUUCCACAAGGCCAUCAGACGCAAUCCAGAUACUCAAUGGAUCACGAAGCCCGUUCAAAAGCAUCGCGAACUUCGUGGACUCACUUCGGCAGGAAAGAAAUCGCGAGGUCUUGGCAAGGGAUGGCGGUACGCUGCCACUCGUGGAGGUUCGCAAGCGAAGAACUGGAAGAGAAAGAACACAACAGUCUUCCACAGAUUCCGUUAA